GUCCAGCACCAGCGGUCUGCAGCGGUCUGCAGCCAAGCCCCCUGCCAGCAUGGCCAGCGAGUUCAAGAAGAAGCUGUUCUGGCGGGCCGUGGUGGCCGAGUUCCUGGCCAUGAUCCUCUUCGUGGUCAUCAGCAUCGGCUCGGCCCUGGGCUUCCAGUACCCGAUGGUGGGCAACCAGACGUCAGGGGCCCCGCAGGACAAUGUGAAGGUGUCGCUGGCCUUCGGGCUGAGCAUCGCCACGCUGGCCCAGAGCGUGGGUCACAUCAGCGGCGCCCACCUCAACCCGGCCGUCACGCUGGGGCUGCUGCUCAGCUGUCAGAUCAGCAUCCUGCGGGCGCUCAUGUACAUCAUCGCCCAGUGCGUGGGGGCCAUCGUGGCCACGGCCAUCCUGUCCGGCAUCACCUCCAACCUGCCCAACAACAGUCUGGGCCGCAAUGACCUGGCCCAGGGUGUGAACUCAGGUCAGGGCCUCGGCAUCGAGAUCAUCGCCACCCUCCAGCUGGUGCUCUGCGUGCUGGCCACCACUGACCGCCGACGCCGCGACCUCGGGGGCUCCGGGCCUCUGGCCAUCGGCUUUUCUGUAGCCCUAGGACACCUGCUGGCGAUCGACUACACUGGCUGCGGCAUCAACCCCGCCCGCUCCUUUGGCUCCUCCGUGAUCACGCACAACUUCAGCAACCACUGGAUCUUCUGGGUGGGGCCGUUCAUCGGGGCCGCCCUGGCCGUGCUCAUCUACGACUUCAUCCUGGCGCCGCGCAGCAGCGACCUCACCGACCGCAUGAAGGUGUGGACCAGCGGCCAGGUGGAGGAGUACGACCUGGACGCCGAUGACGUCAACUCCAGGGUGGAGAUGAAGCCCAAAUAGAGGGGAGGGUGCGGGGUGGUGCGUGGGGGGCGGGGCGGGCGGGCGGAGGGGCAGGGCUGCCGUGCUAUCCUCUCGCAGACACCGCGGCAGCGGGCGAGCAAAGUCACUUCCCACGUGCGCCCGGGCCGUGGGGCCCUUUCUGUCACUUUCUUUCUCUUUCUUCCCGGGGACCCAGAGGGACCUCCACCUGCUCGUGGAGGAGGUGACAGCCAGGGAAUGACUCUGCGUGGUCCCUCCGAGCUCGGGGGGCGAGCUGUGUGCCAGCUCACCCCGUCCCACAUCGCCUCCCGGAGUGCCCGGGUCCCUUGCACACGCCCGGAGACCCCUGCCCUGGCCUCUAUCAGGGGCCCUGUGUGGACCCCAACAAGGGGGCCCGGAGAGCGGGACAGCCUGGGAGCCCCCCACCUCCGUGGGAUUCUGGAAGCUCAGAGCUACAGGGGAGUGAGAGAGCUCAGACCCCAGGGGCCCCAGGGCGGGGAGGGAGGUGGGGCUCCCCAGGGUUCCUACAAAGCGGGUCGUUUGGAAGCGGCUUCUCUGAGCACCCACGUUCUGCUCCCCGCAUGCCACCCCCUGCUCUUCCCUCCAGGUCCUGCAGCUGGGGCAGGCGCAGGUCGGAGGGGAGGGGGUGGUGGGGGACUCCUGAGGAACUGCUGACUAAGGUUGAGGACAGGUGAUGGUGAGGCACACCACAUCCCUGCUGGGCUCUGUGGGCGGGGGCUUUGCUAGAGGGGGUGUCAGCACCCUGCACCCCACUAAUUCCUGAGCUGCUGGUUGGAAGCAUUUGGGGGCAGUUGAGUGGACUGCACAGGGCCCAGCCGACCCUCCUCAGUGACCCCAAGGGGCUCAGCCUGGAUCUGUGGGGCAGAUCUGCCCAGGGCCAGCCGGGCACCCAGCCUGCUUUGGGGCAGCUGUCAUGUGGGGACACAAGGCCUGGGCGGGCAGCUAGAUUGGGCGUGGGAGUGAGGUCCCCAGGGUUAGUCCCCAACAGAGAAGGACACAGGUCCCGGGGCAGUUUCUGGGGCACUCCCUGUCCACUCUUCCCUGGAUGGGGUGGCCCCCGCGGGCUUCUCUGUUUCUGCCCGGGCAGGGAGGGGGCUGGGCGGGCUGGACCUCUCCUGCCUGGCUGGCGACUGUGUCCCAGGACCUGCUUCUGUCUGCUCUGCAUGUGUCUCUUGGGACCUGGAAUUUAUUAUAUGUUAAGAAAAUAAAGGAAAAUGACUGCAA